CCGUCGGCAACCGCAAUUCGCCGAACGAUUCGGCUGCGGCUCAUCAGUCUGGCGUCUUCCACGAGUUCCACUCCAACGCAACAAGAAGACUUCACGCCUUGCGGUCCCCCACCUACCCACCACUGCGAGUGCGGAACACCCGACCGGCGGCGAAAGACCCGCAAUCUUCAACUAAGCAGCCGCAUCUGUACGAUUCUCAUGACGCUCAGCCCAAGACUGUUGUAUCGUCUCGUUACGGGCGACAACCUGAAAUAACCCUCAUCGAAGCCGAUAUCUACACGUUCCUGCGCCACGCGGACCCUCGUGCUUUACUCUUCGACCGACCCCAACCGAACGCCGACCAAGAUGAUUCCAAACCCACACGUCUACGGCCACCAUCAGUAUCCUCAGGCCGACUCGGCCUGGAUGCACCAGCAGACGUCACACCAGCACCACGCUCAGGCCGCCGCAGCCGCCGCCAGUGUCGCCCAACAGCAGCAUUACAACCGGAUCGCGAGCGCCCACAACACCGUUGGCGCGCUCGCCCAGGGCCAUACCCAAGACAGCGCCCUCGAGGGCUCCGUGUCGGAGGACAACCGCCGCACGCUGCAGUACAUCGCCGACCUGCUGAACGAGAACACACGAGAGGGCGCGCUGCUCGAGCUCAGUAAGAAACGGGAGCAGGUUCCCGAGCUCGCCCUGAUUCUGUGGCACUCGUUCGGGGUCAUGACAUCGCUGCUGCAGGAGAUCAUCAGCGUGUACAAUCUUCUGAGUCCGUCGCAGCUCACUGCAGCUGCCUCGAACAGGGUCUGCAAUGCCCUGGCUCUCCUUCAGUGUGUCGCAUCGCAUAACGACACGCGCACCCUUUUCUUGAACGCGCACAUUCCCCUCUACCUGUAUCCUUUUCUCAACACGACGUCUAAAUCACGGCCGUUUGAGUAUCUCCGACUUACUUCUCUCGGAGUCAUCGGCGCCCUCGUCAAGAAUGACUCUACCGAGGUCAUCAACUUCCUGCUCACCACCGAGAUUAUCCCGCUGUGCCUGCGCAUCAUGGAGACGGGUUCCGAGCUCAGCAAGACGGUUGCCAUCUUCAUCGUUCAGAAGAUCCUGCUCGACGACAACGGCCUCAACUACAUCUGCGCCACCUACGAGCGCUUCUAUGCUGUGGGUACGGUCCUCAGCAACAUGGUCGUUACGCUGGUGGAGCAGCAGACCGCCAGGCUGCUGAAGCAUGUUGUUCGAUGCUUUCUAAGGCUCAGCGACAAUGCUCGUGCGCGCGAAGCAUUGCGGCAAUGUCUUCCCGAACCGCUCCGCGACAACACCUUCUCGAACGUCCUCCGCGAUGAUGCGGCGACAAAACGUUGCCUCGCCCAGCUGCUGAUCAAUCUGUCGGAAAGUACGAUGGACUCCACCGUCGGCCCCCUUGGACUCUAGUAGCGUAAGAGGUUGGUAAGCCGGCCACCCGCAGCGGCUUUGGAUUUCGAGACACGAUAACAAAGAUCGGGAUUAUUGUACCACGUGGAUGAUGCGCCAUUUCUAUAAGGUCCGCCGUCGGCGCUACCUUGACUCGAGGGCAUCCAUUGCCCGGACGGCCACGGUCUCCAUGGAUUCCACACCAACGAGCUUGGAAGCAGCAGCA